CUGUCACUUUUGCGAAAUGAAAAUUUUCUUACACGUAGUUUUUUUGUCUUGAAAUCAGAAUUCCAUCUGUGCAAGUAAUUUUGUGUGCAAUUUCUCCUAAUUGUGUCCAGUUUUACGUAGCGAACAGAUUUUAAAAUAAAGUACCAUCAAAAGGAACAAUGUCUGCGUGAAAAGUGACCUAUUUACAGAAGUGGAUAUGUUCCGAAAGCUAAAGGAAAAGAUCACCGAAGAGGUGAAACAAUCGCCUCAAAGACUGGAGCAACUUUCCAAAGGAUUGCAGGCAGCAGUCAGUUCCGCAUCCUCGACCACCUCUGAAAUAUCUGGGAGUGAAAACUUCUUUAGCAUUACAGAAGAUGAAACACCUCAAAAUUCUCCGUUGCGCCAAUCGCAAGUUUUGAACAGUAGCAAUAGCACCAGCACCCCCGUUCAGCAGAAUCAGCUGAACAAUAACUCCUUGGGUAAUAGCAGUGCGUCGUCUAGCUCGACGCCUAGUGCUGCCAACAAUAGUAGCAGCAACAACAACAACGACAGUAUCGUUAGCAACAAUAUCAGCAACAGUUCGUUUCUUUCUAACAUCACCGCUGGAAGUGCAGCUCACAACAAUGGCGUUUUGCCCACCGUAAACCGCAUUCGUCGCUUGUCAAAUUCAUCCAUGGCUAGUGACGUCUCGUUUCGGUUACCUGCCUAUGAAUCUCCGGCGAUCUACCAUUUGGAGACCGAUAUCGACGUGUCGGCCAGCGAAACGGAGUCGGUGUCGGGCGCAUCGUCCGCGACCAAUGGCCAGUUGGAUUUGGUGAGUAAGGAUAAGCUAUUCCAAGCGUACAAAAAAGCACUGGAUCGCUACCAGAAAUAUCGAGAACGGUACACCGAACUGGCACGACGUUAUCGUGAGCUGGAAAAGGAUAACACCAAAGCCCGAUCGGUGCUGGUAGAAACACAAGACAAAGCGCUGCGGCGAAUAAGCGAAUUGCGGGAGCAAUGCUCACUAGAACAGCAAGCCAAAGCACAUCUGGAUGGAGCUCUGCGGAUGGAGAUUGACGAAUUGCAAUGUGUUGUGAAAACAUUGAAAACGAAACUUGAAGCCGUUGGUGAUCGACCGGAUGGAACAAGUGUGAAAAGCGAAGAACAAGACUUGAUUACACUAGCUGGUGACGACGUUGGUGAAAACCUCGAGCAACGGAUUUCAGUAUUGGAAAGUAAACUAGCGGAGCAGUUGAAAGUUAAAGAAACCUUAGAAACAGAAAUUACUUUGUUUAAGCAACGAGAAGAAGAGCAAGCAUUAACUGUGGCCGAAAAUAAAAUGGCAAUACAUUCGGAAUUGGAGAGUAAAGAAUCUGAGGUUCGCAGGCUUAAAGAACAAUUGCAAAACAUUGAGAAAAACAUGAAACAAUCUCUGUCCGAUAAAGAUAAUCUGGGCAAGGAGAUAAGUGAGAUGCGAAAUAAGUUAGCGACAGCGGAAAAAGCAGCAGCGAGAGUGAAAGACCUUGAAAGCACAGUUACCUCCUGCAAUGAUCAAAAAAACAAACUCGAAUCUAAAUUUGUAGAAUUCGAACGUAAAAUACUUGAAUUAGAGAAAGAAAAAAAUCGAUGGAAAAAUGCUUGCGUUAAUUUUGAACAAGAAAGAGACGAACUGUCGCGAAAGUUAUCAGAGAUGGAGGCAAAUUUGACUACAGCGGUCACUGAAAAAGAGAAUUCUUUUAAAAAGCUUCAAGAACUAGAAGAUUUGGCCAAAAGCGUCGAUUCCACUGCUGAGAUCGAUACUUUAAAGCAGCAGAUCGGGGAUUUAACGACUAGUAGAGAGGAACUGCAACAAACUGUUCAAAAAACGAUGGAUAGUCUUCGUAAGAAACAAGAGGAAUAUGACAAUGUAACAAAAGGAACCACUGAGAAGAUAGAAUCCUUACAGAAUAGUUUACUGGAAAAGGAAGCUUCCAUCGAACGAUUACAAAAGCAGCUGACACAGCAGGAAUCAGCUUACCAAGAAGCUAGUGCAAAUCUUAUUGCUGCUCGAGAAGAGCUAGAGGUGAAAGAACAGCAGAUAACCGAACAAGAUAAUGAAAUAGAUCGCCUUGAGGAAGUGAACAAACUUUUGAACUCCCAAAAAGAAACUGACCACAGUGAUCGUGCUACCAUAGAAGCACAACUGAGAGAGGUUUUCGACCAAAAUAAUCAUCUCACGUUAGAGCUGCAAAAGUUCAAGGAUAAGCUGGAAAAGGUUAAUGAAAAAUUCAAAAAAAUGACAGAAGAAAAGGGUAGUUUGAAAUCUCAGAACGAGCAGCUGCUUGGUGAUAUCAAGAGUUGCAAGCAGGAGAUGAAUGGUUUACUGCAGCAGAAAGCUUCCCUCACUGAAGAAAUUCGCAAUUUGAAAAUUAUCAAUGAAAACUCCGAGUCGGAAGCACUUCGCUCCUUGCAGGAAUCGAUGCGAGUGAGUCUAGCGCAGGCAGAAGAGCGUUUGUUGGAAACGACAAGGGAUCUCAACCAUGUCAUAAAGUUGAAAUCAGACGAAAAUAGACGCAUUUUGGAAGAAAAGGAAGAGUUGAUGGAAAAAUUAGACGGUGUUCAAAAAGAGAAAGAAGAUUUUGCAGCAGAGGCUGCGACUUUGAAAUCUAAAGUGGAAUCACUGCGUAAUGAGAAGAAAGAUCUAGAAAAGACCCUUGAGCGGGAAAUUCGCGAGAAAACAGAACUCAAGGCGCAAGUAACCAAUAUUCUGCAGGAAAUUGGUCGCCUGGAGGAGCAAUUGAAGGAAGUGAAGAAUUCCCAUUCUGUUAUUUUGGACGAGAAGCAAACCUUAGAGGACAAAAUUGAACGGUUGCAGCGUCAACACACAGAAACGAAGGGCAAGGCGGACAAGGAAACUUCUCACAAGUGGCAGACGAAGAUAAAGGAAAGCGAGAGUAAACUACAGAAGGUGGAAUGUGAAAACUCGCAACUUGCGGAAAAGAACUGCCUACUAGAGGAAAGCAAUCGUCGAACUGCGGAAGAGAUUAAGAAACUGCAAACCGCGUUACAAGAGGCUGAAACUGCUGCCAAGCAUGAGAAGAAAAAAGUGAAGGAAAUGACGGCUCACUGUGAAGAAUGGAAAAAGAAAUGCCAAGAGUUGGAGGAAAAGGUUAAAACAACCAGCGAUCAGCUGAAUCAAUGUGCGGGAGAUCAUGCAAAGUUAUUCAAUGAAAAAGAACUGUUAGAUCAUCAGCAUCGCUCGUUGCAAGAUGAGCUAGAGGCGAAGGAAAAGGAAAAGUUAUGUGUGCUGGAUAGCAACAAAUGUUUGCUUGAAGAGCUAUCUCGAGUAAAGCAGUCCUCGGAGGAAUUGGAACGAGAGAAACAAACGCUAGCUGGGGAGUGUGAUGCUUUGAAGGAAGAGAUAGAUAAAGUGCGAUUGGAGAACGAUUAUCUUAAGAGCAAGCAAAACGAACUAAAAGCAAAACUUGAAGAAGAGAAGCAGACGAUUCAGGAGCAAAACAACGCUCUACAUCGCGAAAUAGAUUCGAUGAAGAACAGCAACCAGAAACGUUUGCUAGAGCAUGAGACGUUGAUAAAAAAGGUAAACGAAGAGAAACAAUCAGUCAGUAAAAAUGCUACCGAUUUGGAGAAAAAGUUGGAAAACUACGAAGAGAUCAAAAUCGAAAACGAGUACCUCAACACAUUGAUCAAACAGCUGGAGGGAGAGCUGCACUCAGUAAAGGAUGAGAACUCCAAACUACAGGCGUCUGCGUUAGCCAAAGAAACGGAGGUCAAUACAAUGAAGGCUAAAAUAGGCCAGAAUGAGCAGAUAGUUGAGGAGAAGGAUCAAGAGAUUAAGAAAUUGAUCAAUGAGUUUGUGGGUAAAGAACACGAAAUGAAGGCAAAGAUAUUAACGCUGGAGCAUGGCAAGAGCGAAGCGGAAAAACGCUUAGCAGAAACGUUGAAUAAUCAUAGCAAGAGUAGCGAUGAGCUUAAAGCAGAAAAGGUUAAACAUAGUGAAUUUGUUAAACGGACGGAUGAAGAAAAGCGUAGUCUGGAGAGCAAGUUGGACGAGGCUGUACGAACGCAGGAGCAACUCAGUGGCAAACUAGAACAAGCGCAGGCCGCACUGGAGGAAGCAGCAACGAAAGCAAGUACUCUGAACGAACAAGAGACGGCUGAUUUACGGCAACAGUUGAAAUCAAGCAUUGAAGAAUGUGAACGGUUGCAAAAGGAGUCGCUAGUCAAUCGCGAGUUGCAGCUGGAAAAUGCUAACUACGCUCGUGAUUUAGAUGAACUCAAAAGUGAGUUAAAUACUGCAAUGGCCGAAAAGUUCGGACUGGAGCAAGAGAAUGUGCAAUUAAAGGAGAAAUUCAAUUCAUUUAGUGCCGAAACGGAGGAGAAUAUUCGGCGAUUCCAAGCGGAAAUUGAGCAAUACAAAGAACAGCAACCACAGCGUGGCGAUAAUGGUGAGGAAAAGAGUCGUGCAUUUGACGAAUUGCACAAUAAAAAGGAGGAACUGGAGAACAAAUUGAAAAAGAUCAUGCACGAGGUGCAAGACGUAUCGAACAGAAACUUAUUCCUUGAACAAAAGUGUGAAAAUUAUCUUAUCCUGGAGCAGUCGAACGAACGGUUGAAGCUGCAGAACGAGAAGCUUUCCCGUCAGUUGGACGAAACCUUGGUUUCAAUGCAUCAUAGUGAAGGUAUAGCAGCCAACACCGAAUUUGAAUACUUAAGGAAUAUUCUAUUCCAGUAUCUCAGUGGUAACGUGAGUGGUAACAGUUCGACGCUAGUGAAGGUGAUAUCAGCUGUUCUGAAGUUCUCUCCUCAGCAAACACAGGUCGUACUGGAGAAGGAAGCGCACCGGAGGUCGCUGAUGGGACAGAUUAAUAAUCUUCUAUAGCAGGAAAAGUCGAGUGCUGUACACCAGCAGCUGCUACAACCUCGUACUACUCACUAUCGGUACUAUUAGGCUAAAAGAGACAGGAACAUUUGUUCGUUUGGUUGUAAAUUUGGUUGAUGGUUUGUAUGAACACCGGUCGUUCCAUUGAUGUUGUGAUGGUUGUCUGAAAUUGGACAAAACUAGGCUUACGGCACACUGCGAGAAUGAUUCGGUCUCAAAAGUAGCAUAAAAGAUGAAUCGAAGUCAAUGAUUCGAACUGAACCGACUAUAAUACAUGGCAAUGUGUUCACCAAACAACAUUUAGUAAAUUUUUCCCACCCUUCAGUUUUAGUAUGGGUAGUUACCAGGCAGGAACAAAGCAAAACACGAAUAGUGUGGCGUAAUUUGAAUAUUUAAACUUUGAAGCGAGUAGCAAACUUUGAGAGCCAAUCUAUUAUUUUCUGCUAGAUAUAAACCAGGAAGUAGUUAUCUUCCUCUCAGAAUAAGGUGUAUUAGCUAAUGCGAAUAACAAAUACUAGCGUUUCAACAAGUGGCAGCCCUGACGGUGCUGCCUAUUUUAUGAGAAUCAACUAUUUCGAUUGUCGCUCACAACUAACAGAUAGUGGUAUUUAACUCAUUUGAGUAGAAAGCAAACUAGGUAACAUUUGUUCAUGAACACUCUAAGAAACUCUUUAGCUAAAGUAGCUUCAUAGGCAAAUCACAAGCUUUAGAAAAUAUAGAUCCAAUUGGCCGGAUAAAAUCGCGGAAUUCCGCCGAAGCACGCACUGAAUGAAUUAUUGUCAGUGCUGUGUUUGAAUGCCUCAAGUUUUAAAUUGUAUUCUUCUGUAUACUGAAUUAGGCUUAAAGUUGCUUGUCAUGAUGAAACCAUUAAUUCGUUGUGCAUUUUUAUCCGUCUUUGACCUCAAUUUUUGUAUUUAUGUUAUAUUUAUGUUAUUAUCCGUUGUCUAAUGCUUUUAAAACUAAACCCAUUUCGUAUAUUUUUGAUUAUUUGUGGUUGCUAUGGGCAGGAAUAUUCUCUCCGAUGAAAGCUUAUUUGUACUUCCUCCUUCUUUCUGUGAACUCCAAGUAAAGUAGAUGUAUUCCGGAAGUUUUCACGUUCGAAUUAUCAACGGAAAGAGUACAGUUUAUUUUUUCAAAUCGGAAAGAAAUUAUUGCUCAAAUGGUUGAUUUCCAAAGUCAGCGUCUGAUUUGUAGUGCAAAUUCAAAGAAAAAAAAAAUACAAGAAUCGUUUUGAAUUUUUCGAAAACGUUCAUCUUGAUACUAGUUUUUAAAUUAACCUUCACAGUAAACUGGCUUUGUCUAGCAAAAUAACAUCACGCCUUACGCCAGCUUCUCCACAGAUCGUCGUAUUUCUGGUUAUUAUUAAUCAUUGAUUUGCUUUAAACACAAACUAAGUUUUCCAUUCUACGUGAUUUUUUAACCACAACUCUUCGUGUCUAUUGAAAAGCUUAGUUUAUAAAGAUAAAAAAUGUUUUAUUGUCACAAUUAACAAUACAAUUGAUUGUUUUUUUUUAAAUUAUUCUACAACACAUUUUGCUCACAAUUGAUAUGUCUGUUGUUUGUCACUUUUCAGUUUGAGACGAGAGCAAAGAAAUUCUCUAUCGCUAGAGCAUGUAAAAAAAAAAGAAGAAACAUAAGCAAGUCUACCCUUACGUUACGAUCCGUAGCUUACAGUUUAAGUAUCAUUUAAAGUUAAGAGUUUAUCUAGCAACAAAAUGCAGUUAAAUCGAUCAAUUUUAAAUUGAUGAAAACUUUAUCAGUUUUUUUACAGCAGAAAAAAAUAUAUAGAAAACUAAUACAAUCACAAUUAAAAAUUU